CUGGACUAGGGGGCUUAGCGGCUUGGCAUUUCUAUUUGCCUAUUCCGGUCAAGCGGCGUAAUCCUGCUUGGGUAUACAUAUUGCUCGUUCACUGUCCAGCAACGAAUCUGCUGCGGAAAACAGCAGUGUUUCUUGUCACAUUUGUAUGCAUCUUUGAAAGUAAACUCGGCGUAUCCUAACUACAUCUUUACAAUCCUCUUGCUUUCUCAAAGCCUACGUUGCGUGUACCGGCAGUCGUCAAUCAUAACAGAAUGGAGACCGGCCAGCCUGUACCUUUCAGUCUCUACGUAUAUGUUCCUAGCAAAGGAGCACCGAUUUUUUUCUCGAUCUCGUAUGCAUUAUCAGCGGUUGGUCACUUGUGGCAGUGCUAUCGCUACAGGUCUUUCAGAUUAAUCGGACUCCAUCCAAUCUGUGCUCUGCUGUUCACGCUUGGUUAUGCCUUGCGGAUAUACGGCGCUUUCGACAACUAUCUCUACAAUACACACACCUUAAUCGUGUUUAUCCUUAGCCAAGUUUUCAUAUACAUCUGCCCACCACUCCUCGAACUUGCGAACUAUCAUGUCCUCGGUCGGAUUCUUUACUACGUCCCAUAUCUUGCACCACUCCCUCCGAACAAGGUUCUAUCUACUUUUGGUGCUUUGAUGGGACUUGUCGAAACGUUGAAUGCUCUGGGUGUAUCAUUGUCUUCAAACCCUUCAUCUUCUAACCAAGGCUUGGGUAGUCAUUUGACGAUAACUGCAUUGUCCAUCCAACUCGUUGUUAUCGUCAUUUUCCUCCUCCUCGCGUCGAUUUUUCACUACCGAUGUGUUAAGACCAACAUACACACGAAGAAUGUUAUGACACCUCUAUACACACUAUAUGGAAGUAUGGUCUUAAUAUUCAUACGAUGUAUUUAUCGUUUGGUGGAGCACCUUGGCAAUACCACGGUAGAUCUAGGCGACUUGGAAUCGCUCAGCGCUCUAAGCCCCAUUUUGCGAUACGAAUGGUACUUUUACGUCUUCGAAGCUACUCUCAUGCUCGCCAAUUCUAUCAUAUGGAACGUGUGGAACCCCGGCCGCUAUCUACCCAGAGAAAAUCAUAUAUAUUUGUCACCAGAUGGAAGAACCGAAGUUGAAGGCGAAAAGGAGGUGGACGGUAGAUCACUUCUAGCUAAAGCUGGGUCGAUAAUGACGUUCGGAAUCUUCUUCCGCAAAAAGCAAGUUCAGCAAAGCCAGCACUAUCGGCUGAACAGUUUCUCAUCUCGGGGACCGAUCUUGACCAGGGCGGAUUGAGGACCGAAGCGGGACUCCUGGUAAGCCUGCUCGACAAGAACAUCUGUGGCUACCUUCAAUUGAACUUCAGUUCCACAGGCUUUGUAUUAGUCAUGUAUGUAGCAUCCGUACGUAAUAUCUGUCUCAAUGCAAC